AGGGAUUGAGUCGCUGAGUGGGGUCUUUUGUCCUAUCGUUUCUUAUAACAAGAAGUUUGAAGCCGGAGGCGGUUGGCCAAAGUGCUAGAGGAAAUGGCGGACAGUGGGAAGAGGCUUGUGACUCUCAACGACCUCAUCGAUGCCUUGGACAAGCGCGAGAGGGCGCCGAGCAAUGUCCCAAAGGUUGAGACAUUCCAUUUCAAGGGGGAUCGGGUAUCUGACUGGUUGGAUCUGACAGAGCAGGCGUUGGUAGGGUUGUCAGAUGAGAUCAAUCUCCAGCGGGUUCUAAGGUACGUCCUGCAUAGUCACCAUCGGGAAGUAAGAAAGGUCGUGGACGCCUCCGGUGGCAGCUGGACAAAGUUUGGGGACCUGAUGCGGAGGAAGUACAGGCUGGGGGAUGGCCUGUUGACCAUGGCCGAUUUGGAGGCCAUGAAUAAGGAAGACUUCUCUACCAUUGGGGCGUUCAUGCACGGAUUUAAGAAGAAGGCGAGGAAAGUGCACGGGAUUUUGGAGGAGGCGAAGUGCGCCACAUUUCUGGGAUUGCUUACGGGCUCGGAGGCCGCAGAAUUGACAAAGCAUGGGGAAGGGAGUGAGAAGCUCACCUGGGCAACUAUAGACAAAGGGGUGGAAGAAGGGAGCCUGGACCAGGUGGAGCAGCACCAGAUGCGGCUGCAGAGGCGUAAGAGGAAGGAAAGGGAUGCCACCGCAUCCGGGACCCCAGGGGUAAAGAGAAUCGUCACGGAUGUGUUGGCGGCGCUGGGGUAUGACAGCGAAGCGGAGCUACAGAAAAGAGGGGUGGCAGCCGCGCAGACUAGGGGCCAAAGUAGGGCUACCGCUGGUCAAGGGCCCAGCCAGGCACCUGGUCGGGCGCCUCCUCGAAGGGAACCUGAGCCUGAACGAAGGAAAGAAGUGGUGGAGGUUCAGGAGGAGGAAGAGGAGGGUGAUGAUGAAGAGGAAGAGAGGCUCCGGCAGGAGGAGGACCAGCGAGCCGAGCAGAGGGCCAAGAAGAGGGGAAUUCAGGGAGCGGCAGAGCCAAGCCUGCACGAUGGCGCGCCAAAAAGAAAAAAGUACGUGGUCCGACUAGAGGAGGGCUUCGACGUGGAGCGAAUGGUGGAGAAGCUCCUGGAGGGUCAUAACGAUUUGAUGAAUCUAAAGGAUAUCUUAGCGUCGGCACCAAGGCUCCGCGGUGAGCUGAAAGGGGCUCUCACGAAGGCUAGUGCCCAACGUCCACCUGAGCUCGAUUUUGCCCAGGGAGAUAGAGUGGACAGAGGCGGGCACCAGGAUGGAUUGGAAAUGUGUGGCGUGUGGGGGCGGAGGCCAGAUGUGAAGAAAACGGACAAAAUCCUAAAGUGGUCAGUUCCCUUUCAGUCGAUAACGGACGUGAGAAGCUUCCUUGGGACCUGUGGGUUCUGGAGGAGUUUUGUGAAGGACUUCGCCACCAAAACGGAGCAUUUGAGGAAGCUGGUGCGUCAGGACCAGGAGUGGGUCUGGGGCGAAGACCAGGAGAAGGUUGUGGAAAGGAUGAAGGUAGAGUUUAAGGAAGGAGGCUUGGUGCUGGGAGCGCCAAAUUAUGAGGCCACGGAGGAGAAGCCAUUCGUGGUCGAGACGGACGCUGGGCCAACUGCCUUAGGAGGGGUCCUAAUUCAGGCAGAUGCGGAUGGGAAGGAGAGGCCACUAAGGUCUGACUUUUCGAAGGCAGUCAUGCAAAGGGGCGGGAGGGACACACGGCCACGGCAGGGGCCCCUGAGGGCAGCAGGAGGGGGCGAGCAGCAUGAGCCACCUAGGACGGAGCCUACGCCUACGCCUGAGUUCGAUGACGACAACAUUGAGUUCUUCUUGGACGUAUAUCGGGAUCAUGCGGCACAGAGAGGGUGGUCAAUGGCGGAGAGGAUCCACCACUUGAGGGGUAUAGGGCGGUUUGAGGAGCCUGUCGCUCAGAUAUGUGAGGAGGCCCUGACUUGGCCAGAUGUGGAGGCCGGGAUGCAGAGGUUGAGAGCUUCCCCUAGAGGGCGUGAUGGCAUGCCCAUUCGACUGGAGGAGGGGAACGCGGAGGAGUUCAUUCCCACAUAUGAGCACUACAUGUUGAGUCAGGGGAUUGCGCGGGAGGAGUGGAUGAAGGCGCUACUUAUCUGGACUAGGGGGGCAGAGAGGCCAGUGGCCAGACAGAUUCGGGAGAGGGCGCGAGAUUGGGAGGACUGUCAGGCCCAACUCCGGAGGGCGUUCGGACGGCCAGAGCGUGAGAGGCCCAAGCCCAGGGUCGAGAGGCGAAGGCGAAGUAAGAGGCCAAGGGAGCCGGCACCGAGAGAGGUGGGGCUGGCCAGAGAAAGGAGGAGGGCCCCAGCACAGCGGGAGGAUGAGCCCACGGGGCCCGCAUUGGCCGAGGAGUCGUUCCCUGCUUGUGGCCUCCGGGCAGUUGAGUUUCGGCGGAUUACGAGCGAGGAACUAAGACCGCCCUCACCGUUGCCAUCAGGGCAGGAGAUGGACAUACCAGGAGAGACGCCAUUCCGAAACUUAGCGACUCACCUUACUGUAUCUCGAUGGGAGGCCUCACGGUUGGGGGAGGGCUCAGUUGAGCCGACACGCUAUGUGCCGUUGGAGGAACCUUUGGACCCCGAGACGGAGAUGGACACACGAGGCCGAGAGGAGCCGCAGGAUCCUGAGAUGGCAGCCAAGCAGCCGGAUCCGGUACGGCCUCAGGGCGGGGAGGUGAUCACGGUUGGAGACGAUACCCCUCCAUGUUCCCCAGUUCCGGAGCCAGCACAACAUUCAUGGCCAGAGGGGAUUCCAAAGCCAGGCAGCGAGGAGAUUCCGGAGUUUCCCCCAGAGACCACUGCGGUGCCUGAGCAGGAGGUAGAGAUGGAGGAGCAGGGGGCGGGUGAGGGAGCGAGGAUGGAGGCGAUUUACGAUUUACCUUCAGUCAUGCCCACGAUCGAGCGCCCAGCUAUCGAGGAGCCUGUACUGGAAGGGCUACCGUCGACAUUGCCGAGUACGAGCAAGAGGAUGGGGGCCGAGACGUCGACUCCGGAAGGCCGGGGGCCGCGAGUGAGGGGUGCCCCAAGAGAGACCCGCGAAGAGAAGUCCGCCGGAGUGCGGGUCCGUCUGGACGAACUACAUGCGAGACAGGCUGAGAUGGAGGCGUCGGGGAUAGAGCCGACACCGCCGGUCGAGCCCAAGACGAGCGAGCAGAGGAUUGACGAGUUGUGGGCCAGAUACGAGAGCCAGAUACGAGAGCCAGAGGGAUGCGGCCCGCCAGAGGUCACGAGAGAUGGGGCAGGCGGACGAGGAGGCGGGUGAGCUGAGGGAGAUGGGGGACUUGGGGUUCUCUGCGACUAGAAAGGUGAUUGAGCGUGUGGAUAGGAGGAUAUGCGAGACGACAGUUACAUCCUUCCAGUGGUAUAAUCUACUCAGCAAUGAGCUCAGGGUCAGAGAGUUGGAGGUGGAGCACCUGACUACUCAGCUUGCCGAGGAGAGGGCGAGGAACCAGGCCAGAGAGGUUGAGUGGGAGAGGAGAUUUGGGGAGAUGGCGGCCGCUGUGGAUAGGCUCUCGGCAGCCUGGGAGAAUA